UUCAAACAGUGAAUGCAGUAGACUCAAGCGAAGAAGGCGCUCCCCAGCUGGCUUUUCCCCACCUAUUUCGCGGAACCGGCUGCGUAAAGCGACUGUACAAGAUGGUACUGCGACGGGAUGCCGUUCCAGUGGUGCAGCCUGCCCGAAGGGUACCGUUGGCGAUGAAGGAACCGCUUCGCGAAGAACUGAACCGCAUGGAAGGGGCCUCUAUCAUUGCGAAAGUGGACGAGCCUACCGACUGGUUCAUCCCUGGGAAAGACUUGCUGCUCGCAGAUAUGCUGUCCCGUGCUGUCACGCUGCCUGGGUGCGGUGAAGAAACGGAAGACGUGGAUAUCCACGCAGUUCAAGUGGUCUCGAGCCUUGUAAGCACAAGUACCGAUCGUCCCCCUUAG